AUGUUAGCGCUGAGAUUCGCCCAGACAAACUGUGUCUGGGUGUGCUUGGAAAAGAACACUGUGCCAUUGAGCCUGAAGAAGGUUGGAGUGCAGGAGUCUAUUCCCUGUGUUAAACCAGUACGUUUCCAGCUCAGCCAAAAACCUUUUGACUGCAAACUUCUGCGGCCAUGCUCCGUGCAACUGGUGAACCUCCUUGUGAUGUCAGGUGCUAGUGGAAGAAAGCCAGACAUUCAUUGCAGAAAGGGAUUCUCCACCCCAAAAGACCUGCGAACCCACCAGGGACUCCACACUGGCCGACGCCUUUGCUGCUUUAGGGAGUGUGGGAAUGGCAUUUGGAGACUACAAGGUGUCAUCUCCCAUGGCAGGUCUCUUGCCUGCAAGAUCUGUGGUAAAAAAUUUAAGCGCAGGAAAAUCUUGAGGAGACACGAGCGUUUCCACACCGGAGAGAAACCGUACUCGUGCCCUAAGUGCCACAAGACCUUCGCCUUGAGGAAGAGUCUUCGGAGACACGAGAGGUUCCACACGGGAGAAAGGCCGCACACCUGCAGUCACUGUGGCAAAAGCUUUCGUCUCAGGGACAAUCUCAAGGCACAUUUGCGUUUUCACACGGGUGAAAAGCCAUACGGUUGUACUCUGUGCUCCAAGAGUUUUAGAAUCCGUAAGAACCUAGACAAGCACAGACUGAUCCAUUCUGUACUCUGA